UCCCCGGGGCCACAGUGUUUUCAACGGGACUCAACUCACCCGGACCUGCCAUGGCCGCCUGACCCGGGCCGAAGAUCCUCGUUCCCGUUACAAUCUGUUCCAAACCGUUCGGCGCUAAACUUUUCUACCGGACGCAACUUUCUCCUUUCCGGUUAGUUUGUAUGUCAAGAAAUAAGGAUGCAGCCCCCACCGAGGAAGGUCCGGGUCGCCCAGGAGCUGAAACACACUCACGCAGAGCAGAUGAGUCGACUCCAAGCGAAACACCAGACAGAGUGUGAGCUCCUGGAGGACCUGAGGACUUUCAGCCAAAAGCGGGCGGCUGUGGAGCGAGACUACGCCCAGGCCCUCCAGAAAUUGGCCUAUCAGUAUCUGAAGAGGGAGUGGCCCGACAGCUUGACGGAAGAACCAGCAGACGAACGGAACAUGUACUGGGUGUGGAGGGCCUACCUGGAGGGCACGGUCCAGGUCACCCAGUCCAGAAUCGGCUCCUGUGACAACUACAAAGUCCAGAUCGCCGAUCCGGCCAAGACGGGCCGCAUGCAGAAGGAACAGCAGCUGAGGAAGUGCAUAGACCAGCUGGCGGUGGUCCAAGCCGAGGUGCAGGACUCGGUGAAGGAGCUGACGAAGAGCAGGAAGAAGUACCAGGAGGCCGAGACGAUGGCUCAGGCCGUCAGAGAGAAGGCGGAGCUGGACGCCAAGUCCAGACUCAGCCUCUUCCAGUCCAGGUCCAGCCUCCAGAGGGCCAGUGUGAAGCUGAAGGCCAAGAGGAGCGAGUGCAACUCCAACGCCACGCACGCCCGGAACGACUACCUGCUAAUGCUAGCCGCCGCUAACGCCCACCAGCAGCGCUACUAUGACACCGACCUCAUGGACUGCAUCAAGCUGUCUGACGGGCGGCUCUUCGACCAGGUGAAGGACUACCUGGUGUCUCUGUGCCAAACGGAGCUGGACGGUCACCGAGAAGUCAACGACACCUUCAGCCAGCUGCUGAGCCGCUCCAAUGGGGUUCAGCAGGAGUUCCACCAGCAGCAGUUCGUCCUGAAGAACCUCGUGUUCCAGAGAGCGCCCGACUUCUGCUUCCAGCCCAUCGACGCCGACACGGUGAUGCAGCUGCAGAAGGAGAGUGGAACGUCGGAGGAGCACAGUCUGGACAAGGAGGCGAGGAAGUGGGCGAGCCGCGUGGCCCGGGAGUACAAGAGCGCCAUCCACACCCAGCGGGCUCUGGAGGGACUCGGGACGCCGGAGCCAUCGGAGAACAACAACACUGAGCUGGAGACCAAGAUGGAGGCGGCCAGGCAGAGCCUACGCCGGGCGGAGACGGUCAAAGUGAAAGCCGAGGCGCGGCUGGACCUGCUGAGGCAGGCAGGCGUUGCCGUGGAGACGUGGCUGAAGAGCGCCAUGAACCAGGUGAUGGAGGAGCUGGAGAACGAGCGCUGGAACAACCUGGGGACCCACGACACCUCGCUCUCCGGGACGGCGGACCUGGAGCGAGAGGACGAGGAGGAGCCGGAGGUCAGCGGGGAGGUGAUGGACGACAGCAGCUCCAGCCCCUCCAGCACCUUGAGGAACUACCCGCUCACCUGCAAAGUGCUCUACUCCUACAAGGCGUCGCAGCCGGACGAGCUGACCAUCGAGGAGCAGGAGGUCCUGGAGGUCAUCGACGACGGGGACAUGGAGGACUGGGUCAAGGCCCGGAGCCGCGGCGGCCAGGUGGGCUACGUGCCGGAGAAGUACCUGCAGCUGCCGUCCUCCAACAGCCUGCUCAGCAUGCUGCAGGCGCUGGCCGCGCUGGACGCCCGCUCACACUCCUCCAGCAACUCCACGGAGCCGGAGGGCGACGCGGCGGCUGGCGUGGCCUUCGCCAAGGCGCUGUACGACUACGCGGGCCAGACGGAGGGCGAGCUGUCUUUCCCUGAAGGCGCCAUCAUCCGCGUCCUGAGCCGCGAGACGCGCGAGGACGACGGCUUCUGGGAGGGCGAGUUCAACGGCGUGGUGGGCGUGUUCCCGGCGGUGCUGGUGGAGGAGCUCACCGGAGCCAGCAGCGACAACGGAGACGCAAGCUCACAGUCUCCUCAGACUCCCUUCCAGCCCCUCCACAGCAGCCCCCUGCAGACCCCCACCACGCCCUCCCCUCUGUCCAGCCCCUGCAGCGCCACGGCGUCUCCCAUUGGCCGACCGCCCUCCUAUCACAACGGACACCACCGGCCGGCGCCGCACAAGAGCCCCUUUCAGAGUCCGGUCCAAGGCUCCCCUCAACCCCCCAAGUACCCAGAGACCAGCUCCGGCACCAUUCGGCCGGUGCGGGCCGCCCCUCCGCCCCCGAAGCAGCACCCUCGUGGGCAGGUGAAGCGGAGGGAGGAGGUAGAGAUCACGCUGGUGUGACGGUGUUCUGCUGGGACUGAACGUUCCCCCAAAGGAACCGAGAGAACCCCCUGAAGGCGCCAUGAGGCCCGUUGAGGGUCCGUGUGGAGGAGGAACAUCUUCCUCGAACAGACUCCAUGUCCUCCUCUUCUGGACCGGAAUCACCUUCACCCACAGACUCAGACACCUUGAUCACGGCUUCACACCUCCAGGUGUCGCUGUUCACAUCCUGAUCAGGUGAUGGCCGCCCUCACGUCCAAUCAGACGCCGUCACGUCUUCACGCCAUUCACUCGUUUACUGACGAUACAUUUCUGGAUUCACAAAAAGAGGCUAGCUGUUUCCCCCCGUUUCCAGUCUUUGUGCUAAGCUACGCUAACUGGGCGGAGCUUCAUAUUUACCGUAAACACCCGACAUCGAUACGAGUCAUUCCCAAAGUCUUUGACUAACCGCUCGGCUCCAUUGAUCGGACGGCUGAUCAAUACUUAGUGAUUAUAGGAAAACAUCCUCCGAACUUCAGCCGAUCAAGAAUGAGGAUUCAAACCAUACGCAGCUCGCGGCCUAACUUCCUGUCUUCCUCUCCGGUUUCUUCUAUGCAAAGACGUCAGACUUUAUCGGAGGUCAAAGGUCGCCGAAGGUCGUCGAGGUCACGGAGCCUCGACACCGGACAUCUGGUCGUCUCCACACACCCGAUCAAUAAAUAAUAAAUCAAUAACCCCUCGGGGGACGAGGCUGGUCCUCUCCUCCAACACGCAAACAAGGGAAAAGUGGCAAUUUGAGUUGAGUGAUUGUUGUGGAAGGUUGUGAUCACAGCGAUGGAUCCGUGAUCGGUUUAUUGAUCCCGUUGGCUAACCGCGUUCCUCGUCUUUGCACCGAAUGUUCACAAAAUCCUAAAAGGGAGAAAAACGUGUAAAAUAAAGAUCUAGAAAGGUUGUUAUGACACUAAUGUUAUACGAUGGAAGCCCAUUGACGCCCACGUGGAAGGAUAACGCUCAGAUCCCGUAAGUUAUUAAAAUCAGAGACUUUCUGAGAAUAAGGAUAAACUUUCUGAAAAUAAUUAAACCAAUUCUGAAAAUGGAAACAAAUUCUAAAAAUAUUCUGAAAUAAUAACUAUCUCAAAAUAAUUGACUUUCUGAAAAUAAUGAGUUGGUGUCUCAGAAAUAAUGACAAACUUUCUCAAAACAUUGAGACUUUCUUGAAAUGAAGGGAAACUCAAAAUAAUGAACUAGUUUGUCCCAAAAUAUUGAGAAAAGUAAAUACAAAUAAAAAUACAGACUUGAUUUCCCGAUAAUAAAUCAUUAUUCCGAGAAGCAGAGAGAGAGUUAUGGCGAAAGGGUCUUUUUUUAAGUGUUCCUCUUCACUGGUGGGGAUGGGUUUCCAUAGCAACCAGUCAAAUGCUGGUGGUGACAGUUUACACUGAAGUAUUGUGCAGUUUAAACGCGCCUUUAUUUUGAAGGAGGGGAACAUCCUGAGCUGCUAGCUGUCAAAUAAAGUGAGAAAAAGAUGUAUACUGUCAUAGUGAAGCACUUUCUGAUGCCUUGUGGUUCCCUCUCAGUAUUGUUGAUCCUACGUUGUUCAAUAUUUGUUGCUUUUGUUUACCUAUAUAUUGGUAUGAAUACUUUUCUGUUAUUUAGCCUUAAAUAGCCGUUGAGCGUCUGAUUGAAACGCCGAUAGUUUACAGAGAAGGAGAGAUCUGUACAAAUUAUAGCUCAGCUUUUUUUAAUGUUUCCCUUAUGUUGUUAGGAUUUAGUGUUUUUGAGAACCUGUUGAGCCGUUUCAGUUGAUGUGAGGAAAGAGGAGAUGUUGAUCUCCUGGAGAUCUGAUGACAUGAACUUAUUUUUGAAGUUUGCCCCGUUGUAUUAAAGCAGAAACACGUCGAGCUGAGACUAACUCACACAUUUCAACAUGGAGUGUUUAACUGUAUUUAUUGUGUACAAAUAAAUGUGAAAUAAAGAUAGCUUAAAUAAUAACAAGA